AUGGAUCAACAUAACUGGUCCAAUCUGUUUGUUUUAAAAUUAUCAGAGCUACUGGAAUGAAUACUGGAUGAAAAACUACUGAAGUAGCCACUAAAACGGAAAAUAGUGGCCACUAUAGUGUCCUCUCCAAGUAGUCCUUGGCAAGCUCCUAUAGUGACAACUAAACAUUUUCCCAGUCCUUUGAUUUAAGCUGCUCAAAAAAGUCUCACUUUUUUCCGGAUUUCGAAAAGCUUUGCCGCAUUUGGAAUGGCUUGAAAAUUUAAAAAUUCAUUCCACUCGGACAGAUAGAGCAUUAGAUACACAAAUUGUUGCCGUUUCAAAAUUUAGUGGGUUGUUUCAUUUUCGAAAGACGCCACCGCGCGAAAGUCGCUUUGAGUCGGGCGAACCUUGAAUUAACCGCUCAGCAGCCGUUACGCCUAUAGCCAUUCCAAAUGCGGCCAUAUUCUGAAAAAAAGCUUUUUCAUGAUAAAUUUUGUGCAAUUUUGUCGCUUUUUGCUUUAUUUUUGAUAUCGAUAAAGCACCAAACUUGAAAAAAAUGUGAUUUUAGAAUCAAAAUAAAAAAAUUUUUUUCGUUUACUAAAAAAAUUUUUAAUGGGGAACAGUGUGCGUGUUAGAUUCAAAUCUUGGAAAAAGAAAUGUUCGUUUUUUUUUUUUUUCCUUUUUUUGCUCUUUCAAGCUCAUCCAUCACACCUUUUUUUCCGAUACCCUAUCAUUAUCAUCGAAGAGCAUUUUUUUAUUUUAUUUUUUUUCAAUUUAUGAGCUCUUCGUUUCUAUUUUUGAAGCAAAACAUUCAUUUUUUUGCUUUUUUUCAAGUUGCGGAUUUUUUUCGAAAGUUUUAUCGAUUUUUUUCCUUUUCAGCCAAAAAAACGAACUGGAUCCGACAAUCUACAGCGAUCGGCUGCAGUUUAAUGGCUACAGGUUUUUUUAAUUCUUCGAAUUUUUUUGAAUAUAAUUAUUUAAUUUCAGCAGCGAGCAUUCAUAUGGAAGUCAGACCACCGCCGUAGACCAUGAUUAUUUCAGCUGGUAAUUUUUUUGCGGAAAAAUGACAGAAAGAAAUUGAAAAAAACUGAAGCUUUUUAUUGGAAAAAAAUCGACAAAACAUGGAUUUUUUUCUGUUUUUUUCUAAUUAGUGUACUAGAAAAAUCUAUGACCUGUGUUUGAUAAUUUUGAUAUCAUUUUUUUAUUUUAUUUUUUUCUGCCAGCCGCAGCUUGUUCAAAUGGACUUUUUGAUGAUAAAUUUGUGAAAUUUCAGUUUGGAAAAAUUUAGCACGUUUUUCCUGUUUCAGACCAUUAAUAUCAAAAUUGGGAAUUGGAAAAAUCUGUAAUGCAUGAUUUUUUUAACGAAAUGUAAUAUCCGUUUUGAAGCGUUUGUAGGAGUAAACAAAAUUGUGAAAAUGGGCGUGGCUAGCCAAUGAAAGACGUUUCGCCAUGGAGCGCAUUUGCUUCACUAAAAUAUUUGAAACUAAUGAAUUAUAGGUUUUUUUUGGGAAUUUUUUCAGGAAAAAUGGCUCAUUCUCAAGCGUUUAAAACAAACAAAAGUCUCAGUAAAACGAAAAAGAAAGAAAUCGCCUGAUAAAUGUAUUUUUUUCAGCACCGGAGUCGCUGCCAAACUCGCCCCAUUGCGAAUCACCAAAGUCCAGCAGCCUUCCAAAGUUCAACCAGUCAAGUACGUUUUCCCGUUUCAAAUCGUCUCCAAAUCAAAGAGCCUCAAAACAGAAUCCUUCCCCCACGACACCAACACAAUUAUGAUUCUAAUUAAAAAAGACCCGAAGGCAGCUGUAGAGAAGCCGCUGAAACGGCAAUAUUCGGUUGCACCACGGGUUCGCAAUUAA